AACAUUUUGUAGUCGCAGCAGUCGACAUAUUGCAGCAAAUCGUUAACACGUCUUCGUUCGAGUACCUGAAAUAACAACAAUAAAAUGGGUCUGCUUGCUAUUUUACGGAAAUUACGAUCAAAUCCUGAUAAAGAAUUACGAUUAUUACUGUUGGGCCUCGACAAUGCCGGAAAGACGACUAUCUUGAAAUCUUUGGCUAGCGAGGAUAUCACGCAGGUUACUCCAACGCAAGGCUUUAAUAUAAAAAGUGUCCAAAGUGAAAAUUUUAAAUUAAACGUUUGGGAUAUUGGUGGAGCUCGAAAAAUUCGACCUUAUUGGCGAAAUUAUUUCGAGAAUACGGAUGUACUUAUUUACGUGGUUGAUAGCGCGGAUAUCAAGAGGCUAGAAGAAACAGGACAGGAAUUAUCGGAACUUCUACUGGAAGAGAAGCUACGAGGAGUACCAUUGUUGGUAUAUGCUAAUAAGCAAGAUCUAGGAAACGCCGUGACGGCGGCCGAAAUAGCGGAGGGACUCGGUUUACAUAAUAUCAAGGAUCGAGAUUGGCAGAUACAAUCGUGCAUCGCCAUCGAGGGCAAGGGCGUGAAAGAAGGCUUAGAAUGGGCGUGCAAGAACAUCAAGAGGAAGUAAACACGAUUGCCACGUACAUUUUACAUUAGGAUACACGGGAGAAAAGCAGACUUACACCGUCUCCAUUCUACAUUUUACACACAUGAUCUUUAUUUAUCUUUUAUCUACUAUUUACAAAACGUAUAAUUGAGAACACUGUUGUUUGUGGAUUCGCGGUAUAAGCGUCCGAAUAUCGCAGUUUGAGGUUCUUACAAACCCGUUGUCGUACCGAACGUAUCCAGUUGUCGGAUUUUCGUUCCACGUUGGAACGAGCUGCUAGUCAUCAGUCAUCAGAUUCGAGAGAUUCUAUUUUUUUCGUAUGAAAAGAAGAGUCGCCGUCCGUAACAGCGAGUGUUAUAUUGCAAAGGAGAAUAUGUGCCUUUUUGUUGUUUUAAUUAUAUAUUAGAAUUUUUAUAGAUUUAUCUAGUAAAUAAAAUAAAGAAAUAAACAGAAAAAAGAUACAAUAUUUUUGAGCACCACAUGUUAUUGCACUCGCGAAGGAGAUGCGCUAAAAAUAACAUAUAUGAAGAGAUCCGUGCGACUGCACUUUUUUAAUCUUAAUUAAUUAAUAAAAUCAAUACUACAUAAAUAAUUAAGAGAAGAACUAAUAAUGCUGUAAAUUCCUGACUUUUCAUUAGAGAGUAGAAUCUAUUUACCUCAUAUAUAUAAAUACGCUUCAUCCCGAUGCGAUGUAUUUACGAUGUCAUUUUCUCGAAUAAUCAUAAGAUUUACUUCCAAUUCUAUCAGAAUGUAAUAUAUCAUUAAUAAUAAUUAAUUUUAAA